GCGAUUGGGCCAUUCUCUCUCUGUCUCUGUGGACUGUUGAAGCUCGCUCCGUUCUUCUUGGAGCUUCAUCUCCAGCGACUCGACCUCCUCGAUCUCCCGAAGCGAUUGGCCGCGAACAGGACAAUGAGGCGCCAGCUUUUCACCAUCGCCUCGCGGAGUCGCGGCAGAAAGCAGCCGUCCCCGCUCGCCUCGCGCUCGUUUUCGUGGCUUAGCUCGCAAUCGGAUCGGCCUUCGUUCGGCAUCGCCUUCGACAUUGACGGCGUGGUCCUCCUCGGUCACACUCCCAUCGGUGGUUCUCCUCGCGCGCUCAGGAGAUUGUACGACGAUUCUGGAGAGUUGAAGAUACCUUUCGUGUUCUUAACAAAUGGAGGUGGCUUUUCUGAAUCCAAAAGAGCCCAGGACUUAGGUCAAAUACUAGGAGUCAACAUUUUACCUUCACAGGUCAUACAGGGCCACACACCUUUUAAACAACUGGUAAAUAGAUUCGAGAACGAACUUGUCGUUGCUGUUGGCAAAGGAGAACCUGCUACUGUGAUGUCCGAAUAUGGAUACAAAAAUGUUCUGUCAAUUGAUGAGUACACUAGCUACUUUGAUGCCAUUGAUCCACUGGCACCGUACAAGAGAUGGACAACUAAGCCAGGCAUUGACCAGAAUAUCACUUCCAAUGAGAUGGCGAAGAGAAAAAUUGCUGUGCAAACACAGAGCGUUCAGGCAGCAUUUGUAGUCAGUGAUUCUGUUGACUGGAGCAGAGAUAUUCAGGUGCUCUGUGACGUAUUGAGAACUGGAGGGCUUCCUGGAAAGGAGACUAAUAAGCAACCUCACCUGUUUUUUGCAAAUGAUGACCUAGAAUACCAGGCUACUUUUCCUGCUGAACGUCUGGGUAUGGGAGCUUUCAGAAUUGCGUUAGAAGCAAUCUAUAACAGGUAA